CCAUCCACGUAAAAUUUUCUCUGCAAAUGAACCUUUAAAAGUACACAUAGCAUCAUCAGUAUACAGAAAAAAUCCACAAUUUUCUCUAUUCAAAUUCGCAGCUAUUCACAAUUCAUUCGAUAGGUGAAACGGAUCAUGUCACGUUUAAUCCAAGCUCGAUCAUCUCUCUCCAGAUUCCGGAGUUUUGCAUCAUCCAGAAAUGUUCGGUUUUUGUCAACUGAAUCCAAUAAAACAGAUGAGCCCAUUAAAGUUGAGGAAGCAGAGACAGUAAAUAUGCCUCCACCCCCAACAGAGAAGUUACUUGUGCUCGGUGGAAAUGGAUUCGUAGGCUCACAUAUCUGUAAAGAAGCUCUGGAUCGUGGUCUUACAGUUGCUAGUCUUAGCAGAACAGGAAGGUCGUCCAUACAAGAUUCUUGGGCUAACAGUGUGAUUUGGCAUCAAGGAAACCUUUUUUCAACUGAUUCGUGGAAAGAUGCACUCAAGGGAGUUACUUCUGUUAUUUCUUGCGUUGGUGGGUUUGGCUCUAACUCACACAUGUAUAAAAUCAACGGGACAGCUAAUAUAAAUGCCAUCAGAGGUGCUUCAGAAGAAGGAGUUAAAAGAUUUGUUUACAUCUCCGCUGCGGACUUUGGCAUUGCAAAUUACGUGUUACAAGGUUAUUAUGAGGGGAAGAGAGCUGCUGAAACUGAGCUGCUAACAAGAUAUCCAUAUGGGGGAAUAAUCCUGAGGCCUGGAUUUAUCUAUGGAACCCGUCGUGUCGGGAGCAUGAAAUUACCCCUCGGUGUAAUUGGUUCUCCUCUAGAGAUGAUUCUGCAGCGUGCAAAACCUCUGAGUCAAAUACCCCUUGUUGGGCCCCUUUUUACUCCUCCUGUGAAUGUCACCGCAGUAGCUAAAGUUGCUGUCAGAGCAGCAACAGAUCCUGUAUUCCCUCCUGGUGUGAUUGAUGUUCAUGGAAUCUUACGCUACAGCCAGCAGAGAUCUGUAUAAGGUGAAUGAUUUCACCCGAAAAUAAUGAUAGUAUGAUACCUGGAUUCUUUUUCAAUCCUCAAAGGACCAAAGUUCAAAUUUUCAAAUAUUUCCUGAUGGGAAAGCGUACAUCUUGCGAGAUAGAUAAGGUUCCGUUCAAUAAAUAAAAUGAUGCUUCUGGAAUCGAUAUUUCCUCACUGUAAUUCAUCUGCUUGUAGCUAAAAAGACUGUUUUUCUUCAA